AGACUACCAGGAAACCCAGCUCCAGAGCCUCCAUUAUAGUCCUCGUGAAUCACGAGUCAUUUAUUUGGCCUUCGGACUACACUCAUGACUCGACGCGUCCCGUGACGACGCCGUAGGCAAAUGAUGGAGCUGUUUUCUGCAUACGUACCCUCUGAACUAUCUCUAUUUCGCCGGAAAUCUGACAUUCCGAUCACCGGCAGCCGAAAAUUUCGCACACCCUUUUUUCCCCAUCGGAAAACGAAUAGAAAAUUAGCAGUGGAGACUCGCCAGGCAGUCAUGGCGAAGAAGAAAUUGGCGAUAGAAGGUGUGAGCGAGGAGAUGAAUGCGAUCGCAUCCCAGAACUUGGACUUCGCACCCGCUCGGAGGCGCGUUCGGUCGGCAUUUUUUGACGUCCAGCAGCAGCUAGAUCAUUGCUUGUUCAAGGUGGCUACAACUGGGAUCAGGACAGAGGAGAGGUAUGAGAGAAACUCAAAGGGUCUGGAAAUUUUUAGCAAAAGCUGGUUGCCAGGACCUCGUGUUCAAAUCAAAGGUUUUUUAUGCUUUUGCCAUGGCUAUGGGGACACUUGCACCUUCUUCUUUGAAGGUAUUGCCAAGAGAAUUGCUGCUUCUGGUUAUGGCGUUUAUGCUUUGGACUAUCCUGGUUUUGGUCUAUCUGAAGGAUUGCAUGGUUACAUCCCAAGCUUUGAUGAAUUAGUUGAUAUUGUUGUUGAACAUUAUAGGAAAAUCAAAGGAAGACCCGAAUUGAGGGGGUUGCCCUGCUUCAUUUUCGGUCAGUCCAUGGGAGGAGCUGUUACUCUCAAAGCACAUUUGAAAGAACCACAUGAAUGGGAUGGAGUGAUCCUUGUAGCCCCAAUGUGUAAAAUUGCAGAGGAUGUGAAACCUCCGGAACCAGUUUUGAACUUUUUCACUCUUUUGUCUAAAGUUAUGCCAAAGGCGAAGAUUUUCCCAACUAAAGAUCUUGCAGAGCUAGCAUUCAGAGACUCGAGGAAAAGGGAAAUGGCUGUCUACAAUGUGCUUUCAUACUCUGAUCAAAUGCGAUUGAAGACUGUAGUGGAGCUCUUGAAAGCCACACGUGAUAUUGAGUCGCAGGUGGAGAAGGUAUCGUCUCCAUUGUUGAUUCUUCAUGGAGCCGCAGAUAGGGUAACGGAUCCCUUAGUGAGCCAGUUUCUUUAUGAGAAGGCUUCUAGCAAGGAUAAAACUCUGAAGCUUUAUGAAGAUGGUUAUCACAGCAUUUUAGAAGGGGAACCUGAUGACAGAAUUUUUGCCGUCCUUGAUGAUAUUAUUACCUGGCUGGAUGCUCGCUGCUCCCUUAACUAGAGGUUUUCUUCUUGUUUUAUGCUUUCAUGCCUUUGCUAGUUCCACUUCAUAUGUUUGUAAUUUCUUGUUAAUUUUAUGCUACCCACAACAAGGUCAUUUGUUUUUUAGGGCAAAUCCUUUUGCCCUAAUGCCCAAAAGGACAGAAUCUCAAUACAUGCAUAUAACCACCA